GACCCAUAGUAUCUGUGUAAGGUCGCUCGUGACAACAUCGUCCCUCCAAGCGACCUCUCACUACCACAUACCAACAUCACGGUAGUGAUGGUAACAGUUGGGAGAUGGGUAAGUCUGUGGGUACGUCUGGCAGUGGCGUUGAGCAGCGGGGCCGCCUCAGUAUCCUUCGUGACGUCGGAGGUGAUGGACGUCUCGCCCCUCGCUCUCCCUCAUGGUCGACACCCUAAUUUAUGUACCCCUGAUCACGUACCCUCACAUCCUAUCAUACGGUGUGAGGUGGGCAAGAGACAAGCCUUCCAUCCCUGGGGCGGAAAGAGGUCCUCAUUCAAGACUGCACCUGGCCUGCCUCUCAGCCUACGUGAAGUGUAUCUUGCCUUGUUUCAGAAUGCCAGGCCUCGUCCACCACCACCCUCAGAAGGGGAGCUAAAGCGAGCGUCGUUCAACCCCUGGGGAGGCAAGCGCUCAGACCCCCUCCUUCCUGCCAGCCAACACGAACCCAACACCAAGAGGAACACUUUCGCUCCCUGGGGUGGUAAACGUGCAGCGGGAUACUUCACGCACGAUACCAACCCACUUAUCAUCGAGGAGGAUCUGAUUCCCUACAUCGGCGUGCUGAGUGAUGACGGGGAAGCCGAGGAUGUCGUCAAGAGGGAAUCCUUUUCCGCUUGGGGAGGAAAACGCGGAUCCUUCCCGGCAGAUGAUUGGGAAGAGGAGGAACCAACGGACUUGUUUGUGUUGGAUGGUAGUUUGCCUUAUCCUCCAGUGGACCGUCUCAGAUACAAGAGAGAGGCCGAGACAUACACUAACACCCUGGUAAACAGUGAUGACUCAGGCGUGAAGACCGAGGCGGAAAACAUUAAACCAGAUACCAAAUACGACCAGACGGCUGAAGCAUCCAGCACUACAGUAGCGAAGAGGACAAGAUUCAGCGCGUGGGCCGGUAAGAGGCCGGACCUCCAAGUUAUCGAGGACGCGGUGAGAAAGAUGGCCGAGCACGAACCCAAGACGACGGAGAGAAGAGCUUUCAGCGCCUGGGCCGGGAAGAGAUCGUCAGAUGUUAACCUCCAAGACGGUGAGGAUGAUGAGCCAGUCAGUGCCUGGAUUGGACGAAGACUGCAAGAUGCCAACACAGACGACAAGAGAACAUUCAGCGCUUGGGCAGGGAAGAGGUCACCAAGUAUGGACCUUUCAGGUAACCAAGACAAAAGAACAUUCAGAGCCUGGGCAGGGAAGAGGUCGUCAGGUGAUGAGCUGGAUGAUCACUUCCUGGAUAAGAAGACAAGAUUUAGUCCUUGGGCGGGAAAACGGGCGGAAGGCACAUUAUCUCGCCUGUCUGAGUCCACUCUGAAAGCCGCCCUUGAUGAGAAUUCCCCAGAAGACAACGUUGAUAACCACAAGAGACCUUCCUUCAGUGCCUGGGCCGGUAAGCGCUCUGAGAGUAAUGAAAAACGACCAUCGUUCAAUGCCUGGGCUGGUAAAAGAAGCGACAGCGAUGAGAAGCGUCCAUCUUUCAGCGCAUGGGCGGGCAAGAGAAGUGACAUUGAUGAGAAACGACCAUCGUUCAAUGCCUGGGCUGGUAAAAGAAGCGACAGCGAUGAGAAGCGUCCAUCUUUCAGCGCAUGGGCGGGCAAGAGAAGUGACAUUGAUGAGAAACGACCAUCGUUCAAUGCCUGGGCUGGUAAAAGAAGCGACAGCGAUGAAAAGCGUCCAUCUUUCAGUGCAUGGGCGGGCAAGAGAAGCAGCGAAACAGACAAGCGACAAGGUUUCAGCGCAUGGGCGGGCAAGAGGAACAACGGUGGCAGUGACGACCCCACACAUUCAAACAAUCCCCAACAGAUCUCCUCCAUCCUCCAACAACUCCAACACCAAGGUCUAGAAUUCCUCCACAAAAGACUUCCAAUUAACGACUGGGGUAAUAAGCGAGUCCCCUUCAGCACAUGGGGGGGCAAGAGAGCAAGUCCAAUCUCCGAGGAUAGUCAACUAAGCGAUCUAUAUACCUCACAACUUUAGUAUCUGUGCGAGACUCUUAACCACCUGUUACACGUUGGCGUUACUGUAUUAAUCCUAACAUAAUCCCUCUAAUAAUCAACUUUGUUUUGAUAUUAUUCAGAAACUGUGGAUGUUACAUAAACACUGCAAUCACGGCUUAGGCUGCGAGAAAACUCCACGGUUGCAGGAACUCGAUGCACCAUAAUACACUAUAAAUGUUGGAAAAAUAAUACUCACGGCUUAGGGUCGAAGAAAAUGCCCUGUUUGCGGUAACUCGUCGGACUAUAAUAAUCUUCGGUGCAAAUAAUCUCUCAAAAUGGAAUUACCGCAAACACGGGACUUUUUUCCUAGGCCUCGUAUCAACGGCUCUCAGGCACCGCUGGAUAACGUUACUAAAUCCUACGCAAUACUCAAACACGGUCGCCCUUACAAUUAUUCCUUGAUAAAAAAUAUAUAUAAAAUAACCUCCAUCAAGAUAACAAUAUAAAAUAACUUAUAUUUCUAUAAAAACUUGAAGGCAGGAAGUAAUAUUAUCAUUCUCUUUUAUACAGUUGGCCUUCAUCACUCUGUACGGCAUCUAGUAAAACAAUAUUCUGUUAUACAUUAUACACUGCGUCCAAUAAUAAAACACUCAACAUUAUCUAUAAAUAUACAAUCUUAUUCAUUUUAAACUACUGUAUAUGUAAGAAUAAACACACAACUUACACAAAGACAGACAUUGAAUUUUUCUAAACAUUACACCUGGGAAUAUUAAAUUGAUCACAUUAGACACCCAAGCUUAUUUCACCUGAUGAUUAUACACCUUGAUGCUAACUUAACCUUAUCUAACACAAGAUAACAUAUAAAUAACCAAACCUAAUCAAACCUUAAACCUA